UAUUAACCUAUAAAAUAAUAAAGUUAGAUUUUAAAAAGAUAAAAUAUUGAUUAAAAAAACAUUAUCUAAUAAUUAAAUACGCUUAAGAAGCAGUUUCAUUUUGAAGUCAAAACAAUGAAUAUCGCAAGGAAAUUAACAACAAUUCCUUAUAAUGUGCGGAAAACUUUUUACAGAAAAUUCAAAAUUUCAGCAAUAAACAGUGAUACAGUUGAAGCAACUCUGCCAAAAGAGCAAGAAGAGAAGUUUGAUUUUGAAGACUUAAAGGUGUUUGAGCGCACAGAACGAAGAAGCGCCAAAAUAGAGCCGUUUAUGAAAGAAGUUUUCGUAUCGAAAUUUAACCGCGACUUACUCGCUUUUCCGGAAAUUUUGACUAAAGAAGAGGACUUAGCCCUUGAAAACAGGAUAGCAUUCCUCAAAAAGUCAUUUUCUAACGCGAACAGUACAAAAGAAGAACGUAAAAACACAUUAAGACGAGCAAGUAUGUACGCGGCCACUGUAAAUCUUACUAAGAACGGUUUAGCUGCUAAUUAUACAGAACUAAUACGCUAUUUAGAAAUAAUAGGAGCUGAUUUAGAAUUAGGACAAGCUAUAAGCGAGCAUUGGGUUGGUGUGACAGCUCUUUCACAAGGUUUAUCAGCAGAUGACUAUACAGAUAUUAUUGAUGAAAUAGUGUCUGGUGAUGAUACAAUUAGUAUUUGUAUUAAAGAGAGGAUGUCUGAUAGAUUGGCUCAGCCAGACUUCAGGACCACAGCUGAAAUUGAUGAGAAAGGUGUUUGGAGAAUAAAUGGGGAGAAAAUUCAAAUGAACAAAACUGGUUAUAUUCUUGUUUUGGCCAUAACAGAGGGCACCACACUAAAAGCAUUUCUUGUCCGACCUGGAGCAGAAGGAAUAAGUUAUAAGGACAAUUUUAUUACAUUCUCCAAUACGCCUGUUUUAGAAUUGAACAUUGCAAACGAAGCAAUUCUAAGUCAGACAUUAGGUACUAAUCGCUUGCACACAGCAACACUGUGCAGGACUAGCUUACAACAGGCAACACAGGCUUGUAUAGAGUAUAUUCGUCCACGGUUUAUAAAUGGCAAGCCGCUAUCAGAAUUAUCAACAAUCAGAUCGACUAUCGGUGAAGCUGUGUUAUAUAUAUACGCGAUUGAAAGCGCCGAGUACUUCACAGCUGGUCUACUCGAUGGCUUUAUGGAACCUGAUGCUGAACUGGAGAUGGCUAUGUGCAGAAAUUUUAUAUCGCAUCACGGGCAGCGUGUGCUGCUAAAACUUCUGGCGAUACCAGGAGUCGAGAAGCAGAAAGACUGUCUCCGACUGCUGGAAAAUAUGAGGUCAUUAACCCUUCGAGGGGAGAACGUCGAAGAAGUUAAUAUGUUUAUAGCGUUGCACGGACUCCACCACGCCACCAAAACAAUGGCUGAUGAGAUUAAGAAGAUAAGGAAUCCAUUUUUUAAUCCAACUUUCGUGUUCCAGAAGAUUAUUUCCAACAGGCAUCAGGAGAAAGACGAUCCUAAACUGGAUUUAUACUUGUCCGAACACCUUCACCCGAGUCUGAAGCCACCAUCAGAGAGCCUGGAGUAUUGUGUCAAACGCAUGCGCUUCGUCACUGAGGCCAUUAUGUCGAGGCAUGGCUUGGAAGUCGCAAUUGCAUACACGGAGUUGAAUCGGUUCGCUGAAGCUGCAACUGAAAUAUUGGUGUGUUCUGCUGUCCUGGCGAGAGCUUCCAGAUCUUACUGUAUCGGACUGAGAAAUGCGGAGAACGAAAUGAAGUUGGCAGCGUGUUAUGUCGAAAUGUCUAAAGCUAGGGUCAAAACUCUUUUAUCUGAAAUUAUUGAUGGGGAGUACCUCAAUUUAGACCAUUUUCGGGUGCAAUUUGGUCGGAAAUAUCUGGAUACGAACGAAAAUUUGACGGAGAAGCCUACUGCUAGGGUGUUUUGGUAGAGAAAUUAAUAAAAGUAGUCGUCAUUUAAAAAUUUAUUAAAGCGCCAUCUAUCGAACGUAACUGUAAACUUUAGAUACUUAGAUUUACAGAUACCCAGGUUACAAGGAUUGGGAAAUCAAAUUUGAAUCUAGUUUCAAGAGUUGUGAAACCAUUUGUCUGCAUUUUGACAUUUGACAGCGCUCAAGACUGGGUUUUGACGUUAGAUAUAAAUAUGAGCUGGAAACGUUUCAACGCCAUCUCUGAUAGAUAUUGUGAAAUUUAGUUAUUCAGAUAUUAGUAAUAAAUAUAUUACAAUAAUGGUUUUUCAAUUAUAUACAGUUAUCCCUCUUAUAACACAGUUACGCGUUGUAGGAGUAUUACCGCAUAACGCGCUUAUAUAACCCCAUGCAACGUGAAAUUCCCGCGUUAUGUUAAAGAAUAUCCGUGUUAGGGAGCGUUCAAGUAUUACGUAACGAAUUUUGGGGGGGUGGGGAUGGUAACCUCUUGUAAAGAUGUGGGGCGGGGAUUGAAUAACGCGUUAUUGAUAAUAUUAUUUUCGACUUUCCAGUAGUUUACAUCACAUAAUGGUAACUUUUAGGCAUAAAGAGUCACUGGGGGUGGUCACGAAACGUUUUACUAUUGUAUACAGAAACGUUACGGUUCUUAUCAUGGGGGGGGGAUAAUCUCCAAAAAUUGCGUGUCGUAAUACUUGAACGCUCAAAGUACUUAAAUCGCGUAAUAUGAAAACGCGAUAUAAUGGGUUUACUUGGGUUGUCUUUAGCGCCAUCUAUCAAGUUGUAUUGUAAAUUAAAACAUCAGGAAUGUACAAUAAAGUAUCAGAUAUCAUAUAAAAUCAUAACUGCAACGCCAUCUUUCGAGUUUAUUUGUAAACUAAACUCCUACAUUAUUCAUUAGAAUUUUUUUAAGUUAUAUUAUAAAUUACUGGUUUAUAAUAAAUAUAUUAGCAUAAAAAACUUUGUACUUUGUUCAUAUUGUGUAUAUUGUCUUCAGCGCCAUCUAUUGGAUAUUUAAAUCAUAAAAUACAUACAAUAACUUUCGAUCCAUUCGAACUUAGUACCUAGAGAGCGCAUUUCAUAACCCAAUUGUACUAUUUACGCUAUCAAAAUAUGUUUUUAGUAACAAAAGUAGCUUAAAUGGAAUGUUUAUUAAAAAUUGCUGACCAAUCAAUAAUCCAACAGAUUUUUCUCUUUACUUUAAUCAAGUAUAUCCUAUAAAUCUACAAUAUAACAUUUACACGUUUUAAAAAUACGAAGUUUUAAUAAGAUUAUAAGUUUUAUUUGAAUUGUCAACAUUUUGGUAUUUUGCACUUAGCUG